ACAACCUGUCUGUUGAUCGCUCGUUUGCGGCUCAUUAACAGCCAGAGUUACAUUAUGAGCCGGGUUUGAUUCCUCAGGAGGACGUUGUGGGGCUGUCGUGUUGUAUUUAUUUAAUUUUUUAAACUUGCCACGCAGAGAUACAGCUGUGUUUCUGCCUCCGACACAACGACAAUGUCCUGAGCGACGGAAUUAAAACCCGAGAAGAAGAAGAAGAAGAAGAAGGCUUUUCCAAAUGUAGCUUGUUAGCUCCGUUAGCUCCCCCCAGCUCCUGAACGGGCUCUGCAUGGCGAACUAGCGCCGGUGUGUGAGUACAGAGAGGGCUACAGCGAAAACAACCGCUUCUUGUUGUUGUUGGCGGGCGGCGAAACGUGUGGAGAUUAAUCCCCCGGUUGUCAACCUCAGCUCCGGGGCUAACCCCCCGGUCGCCGACCGAAUUUAUGGCCGGAAAUCCGAGGAGGGGCGCCGGGCUCAUCGGCUUGUGGAAGGACGCCUUUCAGCCGAGCCAGCAGCCUCCGCAGCCUCACCAACCUGCUGUGGUCGAUAAGAAAAUGGUGGAGAAGUGCUGGAAACUCAUGGAUAAGGUGGUGCGUUUGUGCCAGAACCCCAAGGUGGCAUUGAAGAACAGUCCUCCCUACAUCCUGGACCUGCUGCCGGACACCUACCAGCACCUGCGCACCAUCCUGUCCCGAUACGAGGGCAAGAUAGAGAUCCUUGGGGAGAACGAGUAUUUUCGCGUGGUCAUGGAGAACCUGACCAACAAGACCAAGCAGACCAUGAGCCUCUUUAAGGAGGCCAAGGAGAGGAUGUACGAGGAGAACUCCCAGCCCAGGCGAAACCUCACCAAGCUGUCGCUGAUCUUCAGUCACAUGCUAGCAGAGCUAAAAGCCAUCUUCCCAAAUGGCUUAUUUCAGGGCGACAACUUCAGGAUCACCAAAGCUGACGCUGCCGAAUUUUGGAGAAGGUCAUUUGGGGACAAGACCAUAGUGCCAUGGAGGACGUUUCGUCAGGCUCUCCACGAGUUUCACCCCAUCAGCUCGGGCUUGGAGGCCAUGGCCCUCAAGUCCACCAUCGACCUCACCUGCAACGACUACAUCUCUGUCUUUGAGUUUGACAUCUUCACUCGGCUCUUCCAGCCAUGGUCGUCUCUUUUAAGGAACUGGAACAGUCUGGCGGUCACACACCCCGGUUACAUGGCCUUCCUAACCUACGACGAGGUCAAGGCUCGGCUGCACAGGUUCAUCCACAAACCCGGCAGCUACAUCUUCAGGCUGAGCUGCACUCGGCUGGGCCAGUGGGCAAUCGGCUACGUGACGGCCGAUGGGAACAUCCUGCAGACCAUCCCACAUAACAAACCACUCUUCCAAGCCCUCAUUGAUGGAUACAGAGAGGGAUUCUAUCUGUUCCCAGAUGGACGCACACAGAAUCCAGACUUAACAGGGCUGUGUGAACCUUCCCCACAGGACCACAUCAAAGUCACUCAGGAGCAGUACGAGCUGUACUGUGAGAUGGGCUCCACUUUCCAGCUUUGCAAGAUCUGUGCGGAGAACGACAAGGAUGUGAAGAUCGAGCCUUGCAGGCACCUGAUGUGCACUUCCUGUCUGACUGCCUGGCAGGAGUCGGAGGGUCAGGGCUGCCCGUUCUGCCGCUGUGAGAUUAAAGGCACAGAGCCCAUCGUAGUGGACCCCUUCCACCCGAAGGCCGGCGGGGCUUCCUUUGCCGGUUUCCAGGGUGCCAGCAGAGCGGAAGCUGCCGGCAAUGACGAGGAAGAGGAUGAUCGCCUGGAGGACCAGCACCUUGUCAUGAGCAGGCUGGCCUGCUCCAAGGUUGAGCGCCCACCAUCUCCAGUGUCUCAGCUGCCUCCGGUGCCCCCCCGACUGGACCUCCUGCAGCAGAGACCCUCCAGCUCCCACAGUGCACAGGGACAGGGAGCCACAGCCAAGACUCACAGAGACAAGCCUCUACCUCUGCCUCCAGCCCUGCGAGAGCUGCCCCCUCCUCCCCCUCCAGAUCGCCCCUCCCUGGUCGUCCAGGACUCCAGACUCCAGAGGAGACCCCUGCCCUCCACCCCCGACCAGCCCGCCUGGGCUUCCAACUACAUGGUCCCGCGUCCGGUCUCCAAAGCCUUGACAUCCGUGUCCUCCUGCCCUCAGAGCAACGGAACCAGCGGAGAGGGAAGCAAACCCACGGCAGCUACUAACGCCGUUUACUGCCUGGCUGCGAGAUCUCUGCCACCGCCCGCGGUGCCGAGCGGGGAGAGGCCGUCGUCUGACGGUGAGGAGAACGAGUACAUGAGUCCCACCUCUCUUCCAGCCUCUGGUGCCCCCUGGGUCAUAACGGGCUCCUUGGUGCCCCCACCACCAGUCCAGGCGAACCACCACGACAACGACAUCGGCAGUGAGGUGGGUGACAGUGACUCUGAGGACCCCCAAGUCUACGAGUCCAUGUGUAACAUCCAAGCCCAGGCUGGUUCCUCCGAGACAGCACAGGCCUCUGACCUGGACCACCCUCAACAUUCAGCUGUGGUUUCCCAGGACAUGAAGGAGGACACCAGCGAGGAGGAUGUUUACGAGUACGACUGUCCCAGACCUGUCGUCCCUCCCGCCCCCACCAGAAGAGCCCUGUCGGAUAUCGGCGGUCCCUCAGCUGCCUUCAGCACUCUCAGCAUUGACAGCGCGGUAGAAGCCAGUAUGUUUGCAGCAGGCGGCGAACCCGAGCGUCCCCCUAAACCCCUCCCACGCCGAGCCAACUCCGACCGGCGCCCUCGGCCUGCAAACCGUGAAUUUCCCACUCCAUUGCCGGACCUCCCUGGUCCCUCCUCUGCCUCCUCGUCGCCUCCACCACCUCCUCCUCCGGCGGCGGCAGGCCCUGGAAGCCUGGCCCUAAACGGGGAGAUCGAAUGCCUGAUGUCCCAAGGCUACUCCAUCCAGGACAUCCAGAAAGCCCUGAUGAUCGCCCAGAACAACCUGGAGACGGCCAAGAACAUCCUGCGCGAGUUCGUCUCCAUCCCCUCCACGGCACACAUCGCCACAUAGUCACUCCAGGCAACGCCCACCCCUUCCCACCCCACAACCACCAUCCUCUCAGUCUUGUCUCCGUCUCCACUCUGUGCCAUUAUCAUGGAUCGCAUUUACCAAGCACUUUUCCUGCAGAGCCACAAGUACUUGCCAAAAGGCUUUACUCUGAGGAGUGAUGCUGCGUUCACGUCGUAUCGGAAGAUGGCGGCUGCAUCGUCUGCAACUUGUAGUCACUGAAAUAUCAUCCAAAGUCAAACUGCAACAGGUAUUACUUGUUUUUCUAAGUGAAAUAUAUUAUUUUGAUUAUGUUGGACUACGCCGAUGCCAAGUCGUUGAUAUUGAAGCCUCAAAACCGCUUGUUUACUCGUAAGUCCAGAUGGAGCACGAAGCUCCUGAGAGCGGACGUAUCCAUCGGUAGUCCGGUAUGACCUGAACGCAGCAUACACGGAGAACCGAAGCCUUUAAAUGUGAGCUCUCUGUAGCCAAGCUUUGACCCUGUUGUACUUUUGCUGAGGUCCACUCGUACCGUGGCAGUGUUUCCCCCCCCUCAGUCAGAGUACAUUUCUCUCAUUAAGCUAAGUGUGUUGAAGCUACAGUGACUCUGAUCAGUAGAGGGAACCCUGCGGAGUUUCUGCUUUUCCACUCGGCGUCCCGCUGCUGGCAGCCGUUCCAGUUUGGUGGCUUUUUCUUGGCAAAACAUUGUGGCGUACGAAAAAAACAUGUAGCGACGACGAGCUCUUCGGUCAGAAAAAUGUAGUGAUUUAACUCCGUGGUGUGUGUGUGUGUGUGUGUGUGUGUGCUCACGCUGAUGAAUGUUAAGUCGCAGUGCAGUAUCGCAGGGCUUCACGUCGUACGCGUCACCGUGGCUCGCUCUGUUGUCGAUGGUAUUUGACAAGUCGAACUCCACAUUUUCCUCUCAGCUCCCGGUUCAAUGAUGGUUCUAUUAACGAAAAUAACAAGUUUAAUGUUUAAGUACUCAUUUAAAAAAAAAAAAAAAGGUGUUGUGCUGUGUGUAGUACUAACAAAUGGCUGAAUCUUUUCAGAAGUUUAUUUUUGUCAUUUCAUUCCAUGAUUGCCUGCCGCUGUUUCAGGUGGUCUGACACUGAAGGCUGGUUUAUUUACUCUAAAGCUUCUCUGUAGUUUAUAGGACUUUUACAUGUGCUGGUAUUUUAGCUCAGUGACACAUUUGCACCCAGAACAGCUUCACUGAGGUCAGAUUGAAGGGAUUUACACUGAGCUCUAAUGCAAAACACUGAAGGUUGUCAUGUGGACUCAGGUACUCAGUGGGUUGAAUGUAAUGAAAGCACACACAGAGGAUGACAGAACGUCGGCAGUGUUGUGGACGAGCUCAAACUCACGACUCAUUCUUACAGAAACAUUCCAACGAUCUUAUUUUUUUUAUUUUUAUUCUCGCCUUCCCUGCAUUAUAUUUACAUACACUCACUGUUUUUAAAGAUUAAAGGUCAGUUCUGCCUCCCCCAGACGCAGUCACUUCCUCCUGUUUCACUCUGUGCCAGUGUAUCCACAGUCCUGGAUCUGGUCUGGAUCUCGUGCAGCUCAGACGUUUCAGUCACUCAGCGGUUCAUGAGAUUUGUUGCAGGAUGAAUGUUGAUAAUUCACCGGCUAGUAGGCGUCCUGAUCAGAUAUUGGAGCUGGAAUGACGAAUCGAUAAAGCUGGGCACACGCUGUACGAUUUGAGCCAGUUUCUGAUCCGAUUUCUGAGCCGCACAACUCUUUUGAGUCUAGUCCGAGUCAUUUGCUAUGAAGGGGGGGGAGUGAGGACUGAUCAGCUGCUCCCAAACACACGUCUGAUGUUCGGAUGAAUUUCUGAUGAGUCCAAAAUUUUGGUGGGAUGAUGUCCCCAAAGUUCCCCCAAAGUUCCCCCAAAGUCUGUGCCUUUAUUCCCCUCGCUGCCCAGAGUGGCUAUCAGAGCGUCUGAAUGUGACACAGUGGACGUAAAACACGGAGGCUGGUCGAGCGGUGGCAGCAGCACACCUCCCCCUCCUCGAUGUUUCCUCCCGUCACGACUGACGUGAACAGGAACGUCCUCUUUCUUUAGGAGUUUCAACAACGGGCACACAGGACGGCACAGGUGACGAAGGCUGCACUCUCUACCUGCCCUCAGAGCUUUCAAACAGAGCUUUAUUGACGGUUGUGAACCGUGGAGCUCUGGCUCGCAGACAGUUGAGUUGAACAGUAGGAGUACAGUGUGUGCCCGGCUUUAGUUGAACAGAAAAUGAAUCUAUUUAUUUUUAGAAUCGUUUAAGUCAACAUAACAUUUUUGUAGUUCCAGCGUCUCCAUUGUGUGGAUUUGCUGAUUUGUUUUUGUCUCAUUUGAUAGCAAAUCAGUAAUUUUGGGUGAUCGGACAAACCCGGCGUUUAUUUAUAUACACAUACACACAAGUUUGGGACAUUAUAUAGACCAAAAGAUGAAUUGAGAAAAUGAACUGAAUAAUCUUAAAGACCUGUAAGAUAUAAAUGAGAUUGUUUUUAUCAUAUUACUGAAACAUCUCAACAAUUAUAACGUGGAUGAACUUGAAUUUUGGUGCAGAUGUUUUGACUCUUCAGCUCCAGCUGUGCUUUGUGUUGAGGGCUAUUUAGCAAAUGUUAGCAUGUGAAAUGUAAAAAGCUCAGCGUUGGCAUUGUGAGCAUGUUAGCAUGCGGGCUCUUGUAAAGUCAUAUAUUAAUGAACCGAGUGGCUCAAAUGUCAGAGUUUGUGAUCAGUCUGAGGCCUGGGGACGUUCACAUCCUUUCUACCAACAAAACCUCCAAAUUCACACGCAAACAGUCGUCUGAAGUUGUGGAUUUCACUCAGGUUUUUUUCUUAUUUCUCUCCAGUGGACCAAUAACGAGCAGCUGUCACUCCCGUUCUUUGAUGCUAUAUCACUCCAUCAGUGGCCACAUGAGGGUCCUGCAUAUUAACCCGACCACAGGAUCAUUUAGAGCUAAAGAUGAAAAGCUGGCUGACUCAUCAAAGCCGGGAGUCUUGACUCGAGUCCAGGACUACAGGAGCGCAGAAUACAAAUCCGCUGCGAGAGGGCUGUUCCAUAUUAAUGCACACAUUUAGGAACACUGCCAGAAACAAGACAGGGCUGAGUGUCUCAUCCCCACUGUCACAUACGGAGAGGAAAACACGUCUGAACAGUGCAAUUUCUCCUUUUUUUUUCUCCAGAAUAGAUCCUCAAAUGUCACUUUUGAUUUCCGCGGUGAAACACGUAAAUGUGCCUUCUGUCCAUCCCACCCUGCAGACGAAACCAAAACCGCUCCUCCGUGUUUCAGUGAAAUGGGAAUGUGCACAGUGUCUGACUCAGAUAUUCACUUCCAGUCAGCGUAUGUCGAGAGUUUGGAGGUGGUUCUCCACAUGGGGGCCAUUAGAUAUGCAGACAGCGUCACAGGAGGUAGUUAAAGCUUGUGUUUAAGGUUUGAACACAUUAACUGGUUAUGAAACAGUCUGAAUUUAAUACUGAUUGCUCUGUAUGACGCUGUUCGCCUGUACGCUGCAUUCACCACAGUAAAACAUAAACUAGGUACUAUUUACACAUUUUACUGUAUAACAUUUCAUUGUUUUUUUAUUUAGUGAAUGCAGUGUGCAUCCGUACUGAAGUAUUCCUGUGUUGCAGAGCUCUGACAUGCUAACACUUUAGCUUCUUUUACUUUGUAUGGAAACCAGAUGUAGUGAUAAAAACCUUCCCACAGUUGAUAUUCGUGUACAGAGUGCUGCAGGGAUUAUAAGUUAGCAUCGUUCCUGGUUCCUCUUUCAUUCUGUACUGUAAAUACUUCACUAACGUUGGGCUAUAAACAAACUGCACCACCACUGAAGUUUAAACUUGUAAUUAAAAUCCACAAGUUGUAAAGUUUGAGUUAGCCUAGUUUGUGUGCCCGACAACCUCUGUGUCUCAUUUAGCGUCUUUUUAGCAACCGCCUUUAAGACACGUGAAAGCUUCUAAAUUUACUGACUUUAUUUUAUGUCUUAGUACAAAAUGUGAAAAUGUCUGAAGCUUAUGUUAACCACAGAACUUAUUUAAACCAAAUACCUCACUGACUUUGAGGUGAAGCUAAAAUGCUAACUCAUGUCCAGGUUUUAAGACUUUUUCUUUUUUCCUAAAAUUAAGUCUGAAACAAGUCUCCAUGUGUGUAAACUCAUCCUCCAAGCUCUUGACAACGGACGUAAUGGAAGUGUAAUGUGGUUCAAACCGGAAGGAAACACUGUACAUUGACCUAAAUUGUCCUCGUGUAGAUUGAUCAUCAAUCAGAGAAUGUGUCGCCGAUCCCUCGACUAACUCCUGACCGUGAAAGUGCCGCUGUGUGAGGAAGGAUUACGCUCGAGGUCGUUGAAUCACUGCCACUGUCUCUCUCUCUCACACACACACACACACACACACACACACACACACACACACACACACACACACACACACACACACACAGAGAGUUGGUUCAGACCCACCGGUUCAUGGUGUGUGUGGCGUAAUCAUGGUUACUAGCCUUUUUCACAACAAGAACUUGCCUACUAAAAAAAAACAAAACAAAAAAACAAGUUGUCAUUGCUUUGUUGUUGCUUGUGUAAAUAUGAUUUUAUUUAUUGUCUUUUUAAUAUCCUCAGCAUUCGUUUUGUUGCCAUGUUUUCAUGCCUAAGCCAUUAAGAUUUUUAAUUAAACAGUAUUUUCUUUAA